CCACAGUAUUGAGUAUCGGGGCAGCUCUAACCUGCUGCGCGGUGUUUCUCAUCAGUUGAUUAUCACCGACCGCUGCCCCUCGUCGCUGCCUCUCGGAUCCUUUAGAGGAGAAAUGGCUGCAGCACUGUCCCGUGCCCUCAAAUUACCCGGGAAGAAGGGCUCGGAGCUGGGGGAGUACGACCCUCUGACCCAGGCCGACAGCGAGGACGAGAGCGAGGAGGAUGACCUCGUCCUCAACUACCCCCGAAACGGGCUGGGCAGAGACGGCUGCCUCGGCUCGGGACCCUCCAAGCUGCGGGGGGGGCGAUCGGGAAGACUGGUGGGGGCCGAAGAUGAGGCUCAAGAGGACGAAGAGGAGGAGGAAGAGGAGUACGACGACGACGAGUGGAGAGAACGACUGCCCAGCAAAUCCAGGCCGGACAGAGAGGAAAUGAAAGGCAUGCAGUACUGGAGCCACAGAGACCCGGGGAGGGACAGAUCGGGGGAGGACAGAGGAGGGCCCGGGACGUUAGGGGGGGCUGGGACCGGGGUUCAUAGUGCUGAGGCGGAGGAGAAGAGGAUGAGGAUGAAGACUGCUAUCCGAAGUGCGUUCUUCCUGGUGCCCUUGGUCUGCGCGGCGCUGCUCGUGCUGCUCUGUGCGUUCCUGAUCCCCUGUAGGAAGGGAGAUCUGGGGAAGAGGCCAAUGUGGGAGAGAGCGCUGGGAGACGCCGGAGGUGUAACUCCGCCGGCGCUGGCGUUAUGGGAUGUUGACGGAGAUUCAGUGGCGGACGUGUUUCUGGGAGUUACUGAAUGGACCAAUGAUAUGCAUCCAAUGCAAGGAAACAAAACGCAGCGAUGCCACCCCCUGCUCCAGUCGGUGGAUCUGUCCCUUCAAACCGCUACCUAA